ACAUUUUAGCCAUAAAUUUUGUAUUUCCCCCAAUUAUUAUCUACUUGUCCACUCUCAUUUUUGGCAAUUUAUAAUUUAGUGCCUUAUUUUCUCCACUUAUUCAAUCUUUCAAAUUUUUUUAAAGAGCAAGGGUAUUUUUGGUCCAAACUGGAAGAUUACUCGCUUUCGUUCCUUUGAUUUGUGUGUGGUGUGCACAUUUUGAUUUGAAUUUAGAAUAUCAAGAAUGAGACGCGCGCGCGUGUGCGUGCGUUCGCACAUUUUGAUUUGAAUUUAGAAUAUCAAGAAUGAGACUUCGGCAACGUAAUGGCUUUACAAUAUUUAUGUUUAAGGUGUUUUUCAUAGUAUUUGUACACGCUGACAGGACUGAUACAAGGUUUCUGUUAGCGGCCAAUAACAGUCGAGGACAAAGACAUUCAGAAGGAUAUCGUGCCAUGUACGACAUUUGCGGAACUCUUAGUGAUGGGAAAGUACUUAAUUGUCCCUUCAGUUCCUCGUCUGUGAAGCCUGAUGAAUUGUCAUCAUCAAAGAUUCAAAGUUUGUGCCCCACAAUUACAGGAAAUGUAUGUUGUACAGAGAAACAGUUUGAGACUUUACGGGCACAAGUCCAGCAGGUUAGGGAGAAUUUCACUGUGGAUGGAAUCGAGUUUUACAUAACUGACACUUUUGGUGAGGGAAUGUUUGAAUCCUGCAAGGAUGUAAAAUUUGGUACGAUGAAUACUCGAGCCAUAGAUUUUGUUGGUGGUGGUGCCAAAAAUUUCAAAGGUAAGCUUACCCUCCACAUUCCGACAUGA